CCCCUGUCGGUAAAAGGGGAGCAUGAGUUUGUAACUGCUAGCGCAUGCGCAGUUUCGUGAUACUGCAGAGGAACGACCUGUUUACAAUGCAGUUCAAUGUGUGAUUGUGUUAGCAGGAAUGUAUGCUCGAAUGAGUUUAUAAAGGGUGUGUCAGCUUUCCAUGUCCUCGCCCUGCUUGUGCAAUCGUUAAAAUAGCAGUUAUUCGAGUUAGCAUGUCGUUAUAGCGCACCAUUAAUAUAUUUCGGAAAGUUUUAAGGACAACUCCAGAGGCGGGUCGCUGGGCACAGCAAUGGCGUUGUCCACCAACAUCCCCGGGAUGCAGAUCAAUGACAACAAGCCACGGAAGUACUUCUCGCUACUAUUCUACCAGGCCGUGCGGGACCUCAAACCCGUGUGGAUGUUGGAGGACAUGCGGACCAUGGAGACGUUUUACCAGGAGGUCGACGACACCCAAAGAACUUACAACCCGUCCGAGGCACUGCUGUACGCCAUAGUGCACGACCACCAGCCGUACGCCCGUUACUUGCUGAGCCACUACACCGACGAGGCGCUCUCUCGGCCCGGGGAGCGGUUCUGCUGCUGCCCCUCGUCAGCCCCACAUCUGGCAAUGACUGUUCGCUACGACAGGCGGUACAUCUUGGGUCUCAUCCUGCAGGAAGUGCAUCGCACCAAGCCGAGCAUCCCUUCCUACACGCGCCAGGGGGGAUGUCUGCACGCAGAUGACGGCAAAACGCCACUUCACUUGGCGUGUGAACUCGAGCGCCCCGAGGCUGUCACUAUGCUCCUCGGCAACGGUGCGUCCCCGUGCGUGGAGGACCACCAGGGCAGGACCCCGCUAGACGUGCUGCUGGCACGCUUCAGGGAGCCCAGCAAUGUGACACCGGCGGAAAGAAGACGAACUCUGGACAACUUGUUGAUGUUCAUGCCCGCCGGGUGUCACUUCAAAAUGAAAGGCGUUCUCGGCAAGGAGCCGGACUUCUGGUCCAAGGCUCUAGGCGAGGCCACCUUUCAGUACCUGGUGGGGAAGACCCCCGCGGCGCUGGUCCUCUCCGCCAUGCAGACUGUUCUCCGACAAUUGAGCCCAGCGAGGUUUCCGGACAGCCUACUGGAGCUCCCCAUCCCGUCCUCACUGAAGCCGCUCAGUUUAACCCCCUGUUCCGGUCCUUCCCGCGAGAGAUCGAGGAUGAGAUUUGUGUAGUAUAGUGUUGGCUGUUGACAUUUCAGCAGAGGCAAUUUGAUGUAGCGUUCAUAAUGUAUGCCUACCAUACGGCACUGUAGCCUACUGUAGGCCCACAGUCCCAAAGCCUGCAAUCAGCAUGAUGCUAGCCUAUACGACCAGCGUCAUGGGUUCAUCGUAUGAUAAAUUAAGAGUUUAGCCAUUGGCAGGCCUAUUUACAGAGAUGGUCUCCUUGAUUAUUAUUUUUAAGCCAGACUCUUUUGUGAUGUCAUUGAUCUUAACUAUGGUUCCCCCUAGCUUGUGUUGAUGAUGGAUAAAAAAAACGAUGCAAGUGGUUUCUCUCAUAAAUCCCUUUAAAAACAAAGUGAUCUGAAAUGUAUUUAACAUGAAGCCUUCAUAAUAUCACAUUGUAAGAUUGACAUAGGCCUAAUUCCAGUUUGUUAGGUGGUAUGCAGCACAAGUCUUCGGCUAGUAAUAAUGAGAACGAGGCAUAGAGAGAGAGAUUCAGACAGACAAUGUGUAAGAGAUAGAAAGAGUCCCUGAAUAAUAACGUAAGGGAAACAAUUGAGACACCUACGAUACACACUAUACCUUAGGCCCACCAACCAACAAGGCAAGACAGAGUGAUUAACUAGCACAUAACUUAUCAAAAAAAGUACAACACAUGCUCACAUAGGAAUGGGUCGGUACCUUGUUUAAAAAAAACAAGCAUUCAUAGAUGUCUGUGCACUAAAGGCACAACAAAAGACUAUGCAUAGUCAGGUAUUUCGAAAAGCAAGGAAACAUGGCCUGCCUCCAUGGGUUUAUUUUGCAUAAACCAACAUGGAAAGUAGAAACGGUUUCAACAUUUGAAGAGGAAUGUAAAUCCCUAAAAUAACUUAUUGAAAAUACAACUUAAUUAAGAGAUGCACUAGUGCUCACCACAGAAACAGGCAUCAACAAAACAUGCUAGAGGGAUGAACUAGUAUAUACUUAUCACAAAGAGUAUAACACAACACAUAGGGAUGGGGCGUUUCCUUGUUUGAAAAAAGGCCGAAUGGCACCUGAGGACAAGCCACGGCUCCGGUUCAGGGAGCCAUUUACAGGCCCAUUAAUACCCUUUCCAUUAAUGUUUGGAAUCAGGUUGUACGGUUUACUUUCGGUGCAAAAAAAAUUUACAUUUUCAAUCGAGCCAAGUUUAUUUAUGUUUGAUCGAUAGGGACAGAGCAGCCAUCAACAUCAGUAAAAACCUACAAGAUGUUAACAUGGCAACGUUUAGCAAAAGUGCUGACAUCCAGUCCUAGUACCAACAACAGAAACAUUAAAAGUAAAAAUAUAUAGGCCUACAGUACAAAGUAUAGACAGGUAUGGCAUGACAAUGAGUGGUCAGUGAUGUCCUAAAACCUUUUGAUCUCAUACUUGCAGAUUGAUAAAAUAAUUGUUGAUGACUUUGUUUUCAUGGCAAUUUAAUUAAGAGAUUGUAGAUCUAUUUUAGGAAUAAAUGAAAGCCAGGAAUAAAAAUAGGAAUAUUGACAGGACUCAUUUACAAACGAGAGACAUGUUCAUUAAAAAAUAAAACAAUCCAAACGAAUACAAUGUUAAUUGGCUUGAUAUAGAUGUUCUCGUCCUCCUCAUUACAGGCCGCUUGGUCAGCUUACGGCGUAAAGCAAGACGCAAGAGUCACCCAAUGGCUUCAGCUACUUUCGUGUAGCUGCUCUUUCGACACUAGGGGGUGACAAAUGUCCUAUAUUAAACACUUCUUGUUUUUUGUUCCAAUGCAUUUUUUUUUCAGUUGUAAAAAAGGGAAAUACCAUUAAUAAGAAAGAUAGAGUAAAAGGGUUUAAAUAAUGAGUGAAGAAGUUAAACAAAUAUUUAUUUGAAUGCAUUUUGAUAUAUAUUGAUAUAUAUUCAUUUUCUCAAUAAUUAGGCAAGAUUUGUUUUAGUUGGCUGCCAUGCAUCACCCAAGUGGGUGCUACACACUGGUUGUGGAUUGGCUACUAAAACCAAUAGGACAAUUCAUCUUUAAUAUAUGGUUAGCGAAGCCAAACAAAACAUAUUGAUAAAAUGCUGGAAGGCCGGCCUUCGUAGUCUGGGCAGGUUGGACAGAUCGUCUUUGAUGGCAUCGUGAAAAAAAAUCACUUCCUUUGCUUUGAGGUAUAGGGAUCGGUCAUCAGUGAGAUGGCAGCCAUCGAUGUUGAGGUGUUUCUUGCAGUCGUGAAAGUCAAACUUUAGGUCGUCCGGCCAGAACCAUAUCAGAAUGAGGGGUUUCUUUGCGACUUUUUGGACUGGAUUGUAGUGACGAUUUGCGUAACUUGGGAGGGGGAUGCAGUUACCAUUCUGAGUUGACUUUAUGAAUGUAAAAUACAAAGUCAAUAAUGUCCCCAGUGUAAAUAUCACGCCGCAUAAGAGCUGCAAACAUCCGGUCACCGUCGGUUUGGACGGGUUAGUCUCUACAAAACAAUAAAGGAAAAUUAAUAUUUUGUCAUAAAUAUGUCAAAAGGGGACAUCAGGCCAUGUCUCUUCAAUUUAAAUACAAUGAAUGCCUGACUGAUGAAGAUUGAUGGAUUCGGUUCAACAAAGCAAAUUACAUGUCAUGUAGUCCGAGAGUCCUACACGUAGCCUACUGCAGAGAACAUUUUUCUCAGUUUCCAUGAAGAGAAGUUCUGGAGUAGUUAAAACCAACCGAUCUAGAGAAUGCCAGUUACAGACAAUUCACGUCAACUCAAAGCCCGAAGAACCCGGCCAUGAACCGACAUUUGAGCGCUCUGUGCUUUUGGCCAUAUAUUGAAAAUACCUCAGCUAUUUAACUAUGGCAUCCAAU